UCUUUGCUUUGCUGCUUCACUGCUCUUUGUGAAGCAGCGGAGUGCCAGCACACACACUGACACACACACGCUAACACACACACACACACGCUAACACACACACACACACGCUAACACACACACACACACUGACACACAGCUGAGGCUCCCGUUGUCUAGCUGCUGCUGUGAGGCAGCUCAGCAAAGGAGGCACCACUUUGUUUCUUCUCCUACUGUAGAGGGAUUGUAAAAGGGGAUUGUCGAGGAGAAGAGGAGGUUGUACCGUGAGAGAAUUGUAAAAGGGGAUUGUCGAGGAGAAGAGGAGGCUGUACCGUUAGAGGAUUGUAAAAGGGGAUUGUCGAGGAGGCAUUUGGAGGUUUGUGGAUUGUCUGAGCAGCGGGCGCUUGCUUCUGUACAGGGAUUGUAGAGGAGAGGAGGAGGCUGUAACGUUAAGAGGAUUGUAAAGGAGAAGAGGAGAGGAGGAGGCUGUACCGUUAAGAGGAUUGCAGAGGAGGAGGCUGUAACGAUAGAGGAUUGUAGAGGAGAAGAGGAGAGGAGGAGGCUGUAACGUUAGAGGAUUGGAGAGGAGGUCUUCGCUGGUGUUUUGUCUGGAGCCAUGGAGCGUUUCCUGGUCUUUGUGAAGCAGAUCAGGAGGUCCAGGAGGCGCAAGGGGAAAAAGUACAGACCGGAGGAGGACUAUCAGGAGGGAUAUGAAGAUGUGUAUUAUUAUGCUUCUGAACACCUGCACAAUUCCUGCUACAAAAGCGACGAAGAAGAUGAGGGGCCUUACACAAAGCACUCCAACCCCUCCAGGCCACCGGAUGGAGCGCUGGCCAUCAGGAGGCAGAGUAUCCCAGAUGAGUUUAAGGGCUCCAGUGUUGUAGAGUUAAUGAAGAAAGAGGGAACCACACUCGGCCUCACUGUGUCCGGGGGCGUCGACAAGGAUGGAAAACCUCGGGUGUCCAACCUGCGCCAGGGAGGCAUCGCUGCUAGGAGUGACCAGCUCAACGUGGGCGACUACAUCAAGUCUGUAAAUGGGAUCAAUCUGACCAAGUUCCGUCACGACGAGAUCAUCAGCCUGCUGAAGAACGUCGGAGAACGCGUGGUUCUAGAGGUGGAAUACGAGCUGCCACCUGUCUCUGUUCAGGGCUCUGGGCUGAUGUUCAAAAGCGUUGAGGUGACUCUGCACAAAGAAGGCAAUACGUUCGGCUUUGUCAUCCGAGGAGGAGCCCACGAGGACAGGAACAAAUCCCGCCCCGUUGUCAUAACGACGAUCAGGCCAGGUGGACCUGCUGACAGGGAGGGUACGGUGAAGCCAGGGGACAGGCUCCUGAGUAUCGAUGGGAUCCGUCUUCACGGGACAUCCCAUGCAGAGGCCAUGUCCAUCCUCAAACAGUGUGGACAGGAGGCUACGCUACUCAUUGAGUAUGACGUCUCCAUCAUGGACUCCAUAGCCACAGCUUCAGGGCCUCUGCUGGUUGAGGUAGCCAAGUCCCUGGGGUCCAGUCUGGGCCUGGCCCUCAACACCUCCAUGUACUGCAACAAGCAGGUCAUCAUCAUAGACAAGGUCAAGCCCGCAAGCAUCGCAGACAGGUGCGGGGCGUUGCACGCGGGUGACCACAUCCUGUCCGUGGACGGUACCAGUAUGGAGUACUGUACCUUGGCCGAGGCCACCCAGCUGCUCGCCAGCGCCUGUGAACACGUCAAGAUGGAGAUCCUGCCCCACCACCAGACCAGGCUGGCCCUCAAGGGCCCUGAACACGUCAAGGUGCAGAGAAGCACGCGGACCCUUCCCUGGGAGUCCUCCUCAGCCAACAACAACAGCAACUUCCUCCCCUACCAACACUAUAACACCUACCAUCCUGACCAGUCGCAGAGACACCAGGCCUCCAAGCACCACAAAACCUCUCCCAACAACCCCCCUCUAGGCUCCUCCUUCUCUCCUACCUCUAUGAGUACCUACAGUCUGAGCUCCCUCAACAUGAGCACCCUGCCCAGGAACAUGUACCCCACCAGCCCCAGAGGAACCAUGAUCAGGAGGAAACUCAAGAAGAAGGACUUCAAGAGCUCACUGUCUCUGGCUAGCAGUACCCUGGGUCUAGCAGGUCAGGUUGUUCACACUGAGACGACUGAGGUGAUUCUGGUCAGUGACUCUCUCAUGGGGUUUGGCAUCCAGCUACAGGGCGGGGUGUUUGCCACAGAGACCCUGUCCUCACCCCCGCUCAUCGGCUAUUUGGAUCCAGACAGUCCUGCAGAGAGGUGUGGGAUUUUGCAGAUAGGUGACCGUAUCCUGUCUAUAAACGGGAUCCCUACAGAGGACAGCACCUUGGAAGAGACCAAUCAGCUACUGAGAGACUCCAGCAUCACCAGCAAGGUCUCACUGGAGAUAGAGUUUGAUGUGGCAGAGUCAGUCAUCCCUAGCAGUGGCACCUUCCAUGUGAAGCUACCAAAGAAGCCUGGGGUGGAGCUGGGGAUCACUAUCAGCUCUCCAUCCAGUAGGAAACCUGGGGACGCUCUCAUCAUCUCCGACAUCAAGAAGGGCAGCGUGGCUCACAGGACUGGGACUCUGGAGCUGGGGGACAAGCUGCUGGCCAUCGAUAACAUCCGUCUGGACAACUGUUCCAUGGAAGACGCUGUUCAGAUUCUCCAGCAGUGUGAAGAACUGGUCAAGCUCAAGAUCCGCAAGGACGAGGACAACUCAGGUAACGAACAGGAGCUGUCUGGAUCCAUCAUCUACACAGUGGAGCUGAAGAGAUAUGGAGGCCCGCUGGGGAUCACCAUCUCAGGCACAGAGGAGCCCUUUGACCCCAUCGUCAUCUCCAGCCUCACCAAGGGAGGACUGGCCGAGAGGACGGGAGCGAUCCACAUCGGGGACAGGAUCCUCGCCAUCAACUGUAACAGUCUGAAGGGUAAACCACUGAGUGAAGCCAUUCACCUGCUGCAGAUGGCUGGAGAGUCUGUCACCCUGAAGAUCAAGAAACAGGGAGACUUGGCCAGUCCCAAGCAGCCGUCGGUGUCUGGUCAUCUCAGUGAUGUGAUGCUGAGUGAUGUGGAGGACGAGGCAGGGUUAGGCGGGCUGGGAAACCAGGCAGAGAGCCAGAAACUUGGGAAGCUCUCUGACCUCUACUCCACCACCAUCCCCUCUGUGGACUCAGCCGUGGAGUCCUGGGACGGCUCAGCCAUAGACACCACCUUCAACACCCAGGUCCCAGGUUUCCAGGCGUCUGGCUACAGCUUCCACAGCCAUGAGUGGAGGAACGCCAAGCCCAGCCAAGGCAGCCUGUCCCCCGUCAGCACCCGCCAGAGACACAACGUCCUGGCAGACCUGGGCCUCAGCGACGACGAAUGGGACAGACCCACCGCCGCCGGAGCUUCCACACUGCCCACCGGUCUAAUCACUGACAGCAGGUUCACUGUGGGUCAUGACGGGACCGAGCCGGACCAGGAAGAGAACUUCUGGUCUCAGGCCCUGGAAGAUCUAGAGACCUGUGGCCAGUCUGGCAUCCUGAGAGAACUGGAGGACGAGCCAGACAGGCUUCUGAAUAAGAGAAACUUGGCCACCAUUAUGUCAGGCAGCAGUCUGAGUCUGAACCAUGACCCUGCUCCUCUGAGGAGCCACCUGGGUCGGCAGGCCAGCUUCCAGGAGCGCAGCGCAGCCCGGCCUCAGUACAACCAGUCCUCGCGCUCCAACACCCUGCCCAGCGACGGGGGGCGCAAGGCCUUCGCCAUGAGGAAGAUGAAGCAGGAGAUGAAUGACGUCAUGUCGCCCACACCCGUGGAGCUGCACAAGGUGAGUCUGUUGAAGGAGUCGGACCUUGAAGACUUUGGCUUCAGUGUGUCGGAUGGCCUCCUGGAGAAAGGUGUCUAUGUCAACAACAUCCGCCCAGGGGGACCUGCAGAGGUCGGGGGGCUGAAGUCCUACGACAGGCUGCUACAGAUCAACCACGUGAGGACCAGAGACUUCGACUGCUGUCUGGUGGUCCCUCUGAUCGCCGAGUCAGGAAACAAAUUGGACCUGGUGAUCAGCAGGAACCCUGCUUCCUCCAAAACCGGGUCCCAGUCAGAACUGAACCAGCUACCCGCCGAGGAGCCUGUUAUCAACUGGACCGAGCCGGGGGACAGCCUCUCUGGCCCUCCACCGAACCAGAACCACCAUUCCUUGUCCAGGAUGGCUGCUGGAAUCGGGGUGACUGGGAUCGGGGCGGCGCUGGCCGGGGCUGGGCUAGAUGAUAGAGACCCCACUAAGACCUUAUAGCAGACUGGAGGUCUGAAGGCCCAAGGCUCUCUCUUUCUGUCUAUCUAUCUGUCCCACUAAGACCUUAUAGCAGACUGGAGGUCUGAAGGCCCAAGGCUCUCUCUCUCUCCCCUUCCCCUGUGAGUUGUCCUCCCCCUGGUGCUACUUUAGAAAACCACUCUGAUGAGACAGGGGGUCAAUCUAAAAUGGAGCCUUAUUGCACAUGUAGGGCACUACUUCUGUCCAGAACCUCUUUUGCAGGCUAACCCCUCUCAGCUCUGGCUAAAAGUAGUGCACUACCUAGGGAAUAGGGUGCUAUUAAGGACACAGAUAGACAGACAGUGUUCCUAGGUGGAUGGUGGGGUCCUGGGCCGCUAAGUCAAAGCACACUGACAAAACUAAACUCCUUCCUCUGAGCCAGAGCAUGAGCCACAAUCACAAGAGGUUUCCUCCUCUUCCUCCCUCACACUGGGGACUAUUGAGUACGGUACGCACCACUACCCAAGGACUACAAAGAACUACAAAGAUGGAGGCGAACUACAAAGAUGGAGGGCAACGUCGACCACACUGACCUCUUGGAAAAUACCCGAGACAAAAAUAACAACAGCGAUGAACUGAAACAAUAGUGCCAUCCGACCGAUCCUCUCCUUUUUAUUACUGCAGCUGGACAAUAAAACAGUAACACAGUUCUGUUGUUUAAAACAAACAAAAAAAGAAAAA